GGUGUUGGAUUUGAUCCAGCUCACUGGGUUCUAAUUUCAGAUUUAGCUGGAAAAAUUAACAACACUGAAGACAAUUGGCCGAGCUGUCUGACAGUCAUGCCAAUCCGGAGUGUGUGGGCGGGUCUCCUCUGCCCCGGUGCUCACGAGGGCAAAGAACGAGCCCAGAGCAGAGUCUGAACAGCUGCCGCGCGAGCGUCCGCUUCUCAGUUUCUUUAUCUUUUCCAGUGAACUCGUUUAUACCCUGGCGCGUGAGCGCUGUUCGCGGUGCUGAAAGCUUCAAAGAGCCGCGAGGAGAGCGGAGGAGAGCGAGCUGUCGACAGAGAUGAGGAGGAAGAAGCUCGCUGUGGCGGGCUUUUUACUCGCCUGGAAACUAGUGCUGUUCCUCAGUGUGGGACAGUGUAAGGAGGUGGACAAUGCUGCUAGGACACGGCAGGUCCCGAUGUCUCCCUCUGACUUUCUGGACAAACUGAUGGGGAGGACAUCUGGAUACGAUGCCAGGAUAAGACCGAACUUUAAAGGUCCUCCAGUCAACGUGUCCUGUAACAUUUUCAUCAACAGCUUUGGCUCCAUUGCUGAAACUACCAUGGACUACCGUGUAAACAUCUUCCUCCGUCAGCAGUGGAACGAUCCCAGGCUCGCCUAUGCUGAAUACCCAGAUGACUCUCUGGACCUGGACCCCUCCAUGUUAGACUCUAUAUGGAAACCAGAUCUCUUCUUUGCGAAUGAGAAGGGGGCCCAUUUUCACGAAGUCACCACAGACAACAAACUGCUCAGGAUAUUCAAGAAUGGGAAUGUUUUGUACUCUAUAAGACUAACAUUAACUCUCUCAUGUCCCAUGGAUCUAAAAAACUUCCCUAUGGAUGUUCAGACCUGUAUCAUGCAGCUAGAGAGCUUUGGUUACACCAUGAAUGACCUGAUCUUUGAAUGGCAGGAGAACGGACCAGUCCAAGUGGCCGAAGGCCUCACGCUCCCACAGUUCAUCCUCAAAGACGAAUCAGACCUCAGAUACUGCACCAAGCACUACAACACAGGUAAAUUUACGUGUAUCGAGGUGCGGUUCCACCUGGAGCGUCAGAUGGGCUACUACCUGAUCCAGAUGUACAUCCCCUCUCUGCUCAUUGUCAUUCUGUCCUGGGUCUCUUUCUGGAUCAACAUGGAUGCCGCCCCGGCCAGAGUGGCUCUGGGCAUCACCACUGUCCUCACCAUGACAACGCAGAGCUCCGGCUCCAGGACGUCACUGCCUAAGGUCUCUUAUGUUAAGGCCAUAGACAUCUGGAUGGCAGUGUGUCUUCUUUUCGUCUUCUCGGCACUGUUGGAGUACGCUGCUGUGAAUUUCGUGUCGAGGCAACAUAAAGAGCUGCUGAGGUUCAGACGACAUCACAAGAGCAAGAGCAAGAACAGUGGAGGUGCAGUUGAUCCAGAGGAGCUUGCUGAUUCUCUCCGUCGUGUUAACGUUGACAACGGCCUCAAACCAGCAGACCCUCUCUAUGGAUCUAUGACCAACAUCCAGACCAGCAACCACAGGGAAGGGGAAGUACAUGAGAGCAGACUGACCUCCACCGCCGCCGUGACCUCCACUCCCAGCAACAGCAAGGACUCGAAGGCCAGCGCCAACAACGCUGUCGCUGUGCUGAAUGCCACAGCAAACACUACCCAGAAUCCACCUGGGGUGGCAACAGGUGGAGGGGGUAAAAGUACGGAAGAGAUGAGGAAAAUAUUUAUCGACAGAGCGAAAAAGAUUGACACUGUGUCGAGGGCCGGCUUCCCUCUCGCCUUUCUCUUCUUCAACAUAUUCUACUGGGUUCUUUAUAAGAUACUCCGACAUGAAGAUGUACAUAAGCAGUAGAGAGAGAGAGAAAGAUUAUACAUGUACAGUAUGUGGGCGUGCACGCACACAAACACACACACAUCCUUGUACUGCUUUUCAGACAUGAGGACACUUCACUGACUACCUUUAAUUCCCCGUCCUGUCACCUGAUCUGAAGUGUUCAGGGUUUCUCUUCUGAUUCUGACGACAAACAACGUACAGAAGGGUCAGAGUCCUACCUGACUCAGCAAGUGUUUUUAGUUUCUGUUACACAAUGAAGAAUGACAAAUGAUCUGUACAGUUUUUCACGAAUCACUGACGUCUUGAGCAGAGAUUCAUAGAUGGGGAAAACACACAUGUUGUGUCACAGGCUUCAUACAGCUGGUGUUACCAUGCGUGCCCAGACACAGACACAAAAACACAGACAUCACAUCUAAAUGAAGCUAUACUCUAAAUGUGUAUCUGUUGUGUAGACAGCUGACGUUACAUUUCUAUUUUUCAGUUUCAGUAUUAUUCAUUCAUAACUAGGGCAGCGAUCAUCUCCGUCAGUCAGAGCUGACUACAGUCAGUGUGUGGAUGUGUUACAUUGACCGGACUGUGCAUGCAACACAAAGUUUGGUGAAGAUCAAGUUAACUCAGCUCUCAUCAUUAUUUAGCUAACUAGUGUAUCGGUCAAUUCACAGUGAUGAAACCAGUAAAUCGAGGUCCGCACAUGGCGGGUGGAACCACUUCAAGUCACGAGCCACAGAAGAGACACCCAAACUGAAAUGUGCUAAUGUGGUGCAGCUAAGCUCGACCUCCCGGUAAAGAAGCAGAGCUGAGAUCAGAAGUCUAAUUAAAUUCCCAUUCCCAUUCAAUUGCCAUGGACAGACCUCCCAGAGUGCUUCAAUAAAACAAACCAUGUGCUGCACCACCAAGGUGUGACAAACAGUGGAGAGGAUUACUGACGUCACUCAUGUAAGGAACACUGAGUCAUGAAGGCCAGUUACUAUAAGAGUUACUAUUUCUUCACUUACUGGAACCAGGACAUUACCAAGUGUGUAAAGUGUGAUCGAAUCAGAGCUGUGUACUAUUAAUGCUUACACAAUCACGUGUCAAAACACCACCCAUGACAGGCGGCACCGUCACUUAUACUUCCAAGAUGAUUAUGAGUGUAUGACACACAAGUUUCACUCAACAUGAGAGAUGAGAGUUUGUCCUGAGCAGCUGACACUUCAACCAGUUGCUCAAGCUUGAAUGUGCUCUGUUGUUAAUGUGACCAAAGUGACUGAUCAAUCACCAUCCUCACUUUUCUGAUGGUAGUCAGGAAAAUCAAUUAAGUCAACAUUUUUUUAAAUGAUGUAUCGGAUCCCUUUAAAAGUACAAAGACUGAAGAUGCCAUUUCAAUUGACAGCAGGUUGUGUGUAGUUCAGUUCCUCGUGCUGUGCUCUCCUUCCCUGAAACUGUUACUGUGAGACAUCCGCCCUGACCUGGGGCUUUUCAAUCCUUUAAACACUGUGACAGACAGAAGACACAGUCCUCUCCUCCCUUCACACACAGUGGACAGAUGAAGACCUCCAGAUGUGGGAAAACAAGUACAGAGGAAUUUCAUUUUAAAAAAAAUAGACCAUGAUCACAGACUACAAUCAUGCUUUGAUCAAUCAAUGCUGUUGUAACAAUGAACAGAGUGAAGACGGAGAGGACAACUCACACACACACACACACACAAAUUACACACUGUUUCACCUACUCGUGUCUUACAGCUCAGCUGCCAAUGUUGUAGUUUUGUCCCUCACCCUCCACCCGACACCCUCCACCAACACUACUGUAUUUUACAUUGAUUCCUCAUUGACACUGACUCAUGCUACAUUUCCUGUGACACACCACCAUCACACACGCUCACACUUUCAGCCUGAAAUGAAAGUUCAUCACUUUUAUAUCCAAAGCACAGAGAGCAAUUCAACUCAAAACCACUUUGUGUUUUUGUCCACAAAACUCUGAUGAGCCGCUGUGACGUUCAGGCUCUUAACUCUACACGUUAAUGUUGUUUUGUGUAGAUGAGAGAGAAGUACAGCUGAUUGUUUUUGUGUUUCUGAGCAGCCUGUCUCCUGCAAAUUACAUUCAUAUGCAGCUAUUUUGCAUUAGCUAUUUACAUUUUGGAGUGAACCCAGAGCUAGAGGAAACAAAGAAGGCAUUAUGUUUCACAUGCAGUACUAUUGUGGAAAGUGAGUGCGCAGUAAAAAAGGAAGUGUAGGAGGAAGUGAUGUGUGACUGAUGCCUUGUCUCAUUAUUAUUAUCAUUAUUUAUUAUUAUUCAGCUAUUGUAAUUAGUAAAUCUGAAAAAAACGUGGUGUAAUAUAUUUUAUGGUUACACAAUCUAUUCUUGUUGCUUGAUGUAACCUUGACCCUGGAGGACUCUAUUCACUGGAUCCCAUUGUGUUGUUAACAUCAGCAGAGACAGACUGAUUGUGGAGGCGCUGUCUUUCUAGUGUCUUUCAUGAGUUAACUUUAGAUUAGAUUACAGUUAAUGCCCUGCCAAACAUUUCUGAAAGCAUGCUGUAGUCUUUAUUUGGGGGCCUAGCAGUUUACGCCUCAAUCGAAUUCUAUGGCAACCCCUAGAACGCUAUGGUGCAAAAGUUUUAAACUUGGCACACGUAUUGAGGACAGUCCCAUGGUCAACCUCAAGAAUUAUCAUGCCUGUACAGUCAACUCUCUAGUGCCACCAACAUGUCAAAGUUUGAAGUGCAUUCAGCUUCAUAACUUUGGACCCGUUGAUUUAAAUUUCACAAAUGAGGUACUGUUGGAGGUACCGUUGGGAUCCUUGGAUCAAGACGAGUUCAACGAACCCUAUGACGCCAGUUUGUCUGAUUUCCAUGAGACUUGACACAUAGAAUCUUCAGACCAAGCCCCACAAAAGUUAUCAUGUGGAUUUUUUAAUUUCUGUAGCAGCUAAUCAAACUCAGCGGCAACAACACCAAACAGGAAGUGAGGCCAUAUCUCGGCAACAGUUUGAUGCUUUGACUUCAAACUUCCAACACAGACUCAUGACCACUUCUUUGAGAGGCCCAAGAAUUUGGGGUGGGGCGCCAUAAGUUAGCUAUAGCUAUAAGUAGCAAAAAUGCAUUUUUGCACAUAUCUUCAUAUUUCUUUAGACUUAAACCUUAAUUCCAGUGUUGAUUGAUACACUCAGACAUCCCAGCACAGUUGUUAGAGGACUGUGUAAUACAUGCAUACAAAUCUUUUUUAAUUAGUUUAAUUUUGUCAAAAACAAGCUUAUGAUGAUUACCGAUUUACAUGAAACCGUUUUGCCGCCAAACAGGAAGUAAGCCAAUAUCUCUGCCGUGCAUUGAUGUGCAUGAUGUAUAUCCAUAUGAAAUCAACAUGUGACAGCGAUAGUCUCUGUUUCAGGCCUCUGCAAGUCUAUUUACAUUCCACUCUGAAAGUUAUCGCUGUCUCCAAAUGACAAUCGCACUCAAACAUCUAAAAUUCUGAAUGCACACAACUUCUGGGCUCAAAUUUGCAGAAACACGGCUACUGUGUGCCCAUUUCCUGCUGUGUGACAGCAAAAAUUUGUUUUUUCCCUGACCCAGGAUCUGUGUGAGCCUCGUGGCUGCUUUAUGCUCUGUCCUCAAAAACCCAUAUCCUCUAAUAACUGACCAGUGUUUCCAGUUAGUGGUGAUGGUCUAAGACUAAGCUCAUUAAGGUGCAUUCUAAAUGGACACACACAGUUCACUGGUCUUUUUGCAUGUUUUACUAUUUCACAUCCUCUUUAGGCCAUAAAGAAGUUUUCAGAAGUGAAGUUGCAUUUACAUCUUUGCUAAGAUAACACACAUCUGUCUUUGUGGCCGAUGUGUAUUAUCUUGUGAUCUUGCAGCAUAGCAGAAACAAUGUUUACUGUGACGGCUCAUCCAAACCACACAAGUUUAUUUUCCCUUGUACGGCAUUCUUUUGAGAAAUGGUUGACAUUUCUGUAAAUCAUCACACAUUUCUCCUGAACGGACUAAAACGUACAGGAGUUAUCUAUCAGAGUAAAAUAAGUAACAGGCCAGCUUAUUGAAUGGCUGCAGUGUUCUCCAAGUUCAGCUUCCAGUGUUUCCUGGAAGGAUGUUAACAUGUUAACAUGAGGCCUUGCUGUGCACUCCUCGUGUGUUAUAUUUACACCACUCCCCAGAAAUAUUAGUAUGCCUCUAAUGAAAACAACUCCUUGUUGUUCCCAUUUCGGCAGGACAUUUGUGCUGCUAAGCUGAAAUGCUACCAAGGACUGCAUCGAAAACUGCAUGGAGAUGUUUCACAUUUAACAGCCUGUUCAUUGACUUUGUUACAUAGUAAAUAUAGCAGCCAUUCAUUUGAUUUGAAUUAUACAGAUGUGUCCAUAUUUUAUAUUACACAUUAGCAUACAUGUGUAUUAUAUACAGGACGGUACUUUUUGUUAGACAGACAGUCCAUGUAAUAUUGUUUAACACUGCGUUCUUUAGAAUUCCAGUUAAACUUCAUCAUCAUUCACUUUUUGUAGCUGUGUUCAUAUUCGGUCAAUCAAGCAGAUCCUGUAUGCUUUUUUUUCUUUUUUCACUGUACUUUAUUUUGAAAAGUCUGGACUUCAUUACUGCAAGAGCAAUACAAAUCUUUUUUUAUGUGAUUUUUUUUACUGCAGAUCAGUGGCUGAUGAUGGUUUGUUGUUAAUGCACUAAAAAUGAAGCAUGAGAGGCACAGUUCUUACACCCUGUAAAGCUCCUGUAAAGCUCCUGUAAAGGCACUUCACUCAGGCAGGUGGUUUUGCUCACCUUGCCUCAGGACUGUGUGGACAUGUUCAGACUGUGUUUGACUGCUCCUGGUUUUGUUGCACCUGUUUACAAUGGAAAACAGUAAACCCCCAAUCAGUCUGAUCAGUGCGACACGUGCAGCAUUUAUGUGCUGCAGGCAGAGUGGCUGCAACCGAGGCCCUCUGUCAGAGUGUUGGGCAGAGAACAGCUGUCGGGACUGACACAGGACGCCACCUCAAACAUACACCUGUGAUCAAGAGGAACUUGUGAAGUUAUAAAUGGUGUCAUUUGCUAUACAUUCCCUAAAUAAAGGUAAAGGCUUCUCGGUUUUUUGCUAUACUAGAUGUACAUUUCUAUGGUUGGUCAAAGAUGAAUACUUUUAUACAAAAAAAAAGUUUUAAAAGAUUUUAAAACUUACAUUAUUAUUGUAUCAGUCAUAACACUGUGUGCUGACAUUGUGCUUUUUGUCCAUGUGUUCUUUUUGUAGCCGUUGAAGGAAAAAGGGAUAAGAGACAGAAGAGUCACAGUGUUACAUGAACAUGCCUUCAGUGCUGCUUUCACACAAAGAUUUCAUUCUGGCGAUGACGCCAUGCACUGAUAUUCACUGGAUUUCCACUGCUGAGUUUUUAAUAUGCUGUAUGUAGAAGAUAUAUAAAAACAUUUCACAAUGUGUAAUCUGAGCCAUGAAUUUGUUGUUUGCUUUGUAUUUAUAUUCGCAUUGUGCUUCAAACGUGGUCAAAAUGAGUUUAUGGAGAAUAUUUUGUUCAAUUGUUUUCAUAUCACAAGUCUCACUGCAGUGUCAUGGGAAGCCUGGCUGAAGCCAGCUGAACUGUGUUCUGUAACCAAAAUGUCACAUCACACACACCUCUGCUGUUGAAAGUCCUCUGAGUCACAUAUCUGUCAAAACACAACACGACAAAGUUAAUUAUAUACUGUAUGUUGACGUAAUGUUCAUGAAAACAGAGACAAACCCCUUGUGUGUUUGUUGAGUACAGAGUUGAGAGCACACACACUAUUUUUUGUAAAAUAAGAUGUGCAUAUUUUACAUUGUUCAAAUUAAAUUCUAUUGGAUUACAAUAAAACUGGUAGCCACUUCUUAAUGUCGACUGUCUGUCUGUCCUCUCCUGUCUCUCAGUCACACAAUCAGAGACACACUGGAUGCAGCAGGCCUUUGAUGAUUGACUGGACGUGACCUAACAUAACAGA